AUGGCUCGUCGUGAAUUAUGUAGUUUCCGAUGGAAUGGUACAGAAUGGGCAACUAUUACUACAUAUUCGAAUAGUGAAUUUGAUUCAAAAUUAUGUACUGUAAACCAGCAGAAUACAAUGCCAGCAAUUAGUGAACCUAUUCGCGUAGCUACAUUGAAUAUACUUGCAGAUUGUUUUCCAUGGUUUAUUGAAAUGGCAAUACGAAGCAAUGAAAGAUUUGAAUGGCUAUGUAAUGGUAUUAUUAAUCUUAAUCCAACUAUAAUUGGAUUAAAUGAAGUCACUAUUAAUGCUCUUCAACAAUUACAACAAUGUCCAUUCAUUCGAGAGAAUUAUUUUAUUACAGAAUCAUUUGAUGAGAACAAUAUUGAAAUGAAAAAUUGUACUAAUGGUUUACUUACUCCUCAUGGAUCUAUUAUUUUAAGUAAAUUACCAUUGCUGGAAGUGUUUGCUAUAUCUAUUUCUGGUAGUAAACGUAAAGCUGUUGUUGGAAAAGUUGAAAUUGAUAAUAAUUUAAAAACGUCUGUUUAUUUUUGUGCUAAUCAUACGACUGCAUAUCAAACACCUAAGAAUGCUCAAUUGCGAGCACAACAGAUACGUGAUAUCGUUGAGAUCUUAGAACCACUUAAACUUCCAUUUGUUAUUAUGGGUGAUCUCAAUCUUCAUUAUCGAUUUGAAGAUGCUGUAGUUAUUGAAAAUAAAUUCAUUGAUGCAUGGGCACAAACACAUUUCUCUCAUAUCUAUCCAUUCAAUGAUAAAAAUGAAGGUUACACAUUUGAUACAAUGAAAAAUACAAUGAUUCCUUAUUAUAUUCCUGGAGAAUGCAGACAGAUGCGACUCGAUCGAAUUCUAUUUUCAAAUGGAUUUCCUGCAUUUGCUAUAGCACCUUGUAGUAUGUGGGCAAAUGAACCUAUUAAAUCGGAUAAUUACCUUUUUCCAAGUGAUCAUUUUGGGCUAUUUAUUGAUCUUGUUACUAAUGUAACAGAUAUCAAUAAAUCAACAAUAUCAAUUGGUGAACCUGAUCCAUCCGUUGAAGAGAUCCUCUAUCGUAAUGCUCAGAAUAAUACAGAUCAAAGAGAAUAUCGUCUUGGAUUAGUUCGAAGAACAAGUACAUUAGUGUCACAUCUAGGCUGGCUUGGUGCUACUGCUCUUGGUCUCAAAUAG